CGGAAAUGACAGAAUUACACCCGCAGACGUGAGAGAGAGAGCAGAGAAAAAUUGUAAAAGUCACACGAGAGAGAUCACAAGUUUCAGCUUUCAGCUUGCAAAGAACGAGCCCUCUUUGACCCUCCUUUCGACAAAGGGAGCAUACGUUACACACGAAGAAAGAGGAAACAGUGCCAUUGAAUCGCCCCAGGAGAAUGUUUUCUUUUUUGAUAUUGCAAGUGAUGCAAGUUUAAGCGUCCUAUGCGUUCCGCGUGAAGGAGUACCUUCUCCACGUACACGCAUUUUCCACGAAUUUUCCGGGCGUCAUUCUUGUUUGAUCUCGUUUUUUUUUGCUAUCUUCUGUAUACCUCGCUCGAAAAUGAAAGACGCAGUGUGUCUCCGAUGAAGAAGGGUUCACCGUGGAGCUCGAAAAAUCUGACACUCCUUGAUAAGCGUAUUUGAUCAGGUCCUUACAGCGCUCCAAAUGGACGAGAAUCAAACGGAAAAGCCGAUCUCUGUAGAUCGUUUAGACAAUACCAAUGUACCUGUGAUAACAGCUGAUUUAGAGAUGCUUACCAUAGACACUAGCUCUUCAUCCACAGAAACCAAGAGGGUUCUUAGAAAAAGAAUACCCAAGCCUGUUUCUACAGAGAUUCUUAAUCGAAGGUGUAGCCUCAGACCGAAAAAGAGGAGGAUCUCUGAGGUGGAGGAGCAGGAAGAGACCGUCAAGGAAUAUUAUCUAGACAAGAAUAUAAUUAAGAAGCCGAAUAAUCUUGAGACGAUAUACGAGGAGAACGAUACUGCGGGCGACGAUACUGAAUAUCACAUGAGUACGAAGAGGUUCAAGAGAACGUUGAUGUUCUCGAUUACCGCUUCGAAGCUAAAAAAGAGACGCGCGAAGAUAAAGAAGGUCUUCGGAUCUAAGAUUAGGUACAAGACAAAUGGUUCAAUGCAGGCUCUUGUAGAUAAGUUAAAUAGUAUCCGAGAGAGUUCAACCAAUGAAAAUCGAUAGUGAACUCAAAUGAUAUCAGAUUCUAUGACGUUUAGAUGCCAACGCUUAAUUAAAAACAUUUCUGAAGGAUAACACGCUAUUGUACUUCAGGAUUCCACGAACUGUACUUCUUAUACUUGCAUCUUUUAUAUUCAUGUGAGAACAUAAAAAAGAUUGCGUUAAAAAAAUAUCAAGAAGUAUUAGAAUUAUUUUGUAAUUAUAUUUUUAAGAUGGAGCUAAUAUAUUUAAAUAGAAAUUUGCAUUUGCAUCUAGUGAGAAUGUUAAGCUGUAUGAAAUUUUCUGUCCAGGCAUUUAAAUUGAGAUUAUUGCAUCGUAGAUUUUUAUAUGUUCUGAAUUACGAGGGUAUAAGGACCAUAAAUAAUGUGUGAUAAAUUGUAUCUAUUCGUAUGUUUGAGAUUUAGUCUCGCUUAUAUUAUUCGCAAUAUACAUGUCAUAUUAUAAGGAGUAAUAAUGUAUCUUUUAUUCCUUCAGAGCUUCUACUUCCUCAUUGCAUCUGCAUUGAAUUGUGACAUCGAACAAAUAAUUAUUUAUUUGGACACACCCAAAAAAAAAUUAAUAUAACUUCUGGCGUAAUUCAGACCGGCAAUGAAGAAACAGGAGCCUUCGACAUUGUUCGUACCACACGUUGCAUUUGUAGUUUAGAUUCAAUUUGAAAUUCAUACAUACAUUAUUAAGUAACAAUGGAAACAUGCAUUUUUCAUAAAUAUAUUGAAUUCUUAUGUGUAAUACAAAAUAAUUUUUUAAAAUCAUUUUUUCAUUAUUGUUUUCUCAAUAAUAAGAAUGGAAGCAAAAAGACUGAUCAUUUGAAGAUUUAAGUGCAAGGCUUCAUUCUUUUAAGAUAAAAUGUAAUUGUUUUUUUUUAUUAUCAUAAUUCCAUUAUUCAUAUCACAUAUGUUAUUAUAUAUUAAACUUAUAAAUAAAUCUAUUUUAAGAUUAGUGCUAGUAUCAGUGAGUUUCAUACAAAAUCUUGUAUUUAUUUGUACUUUCAUAAAAGGCGCUAAUUGUAAUGAAUAUGGAAUUACAAAAGAUAUGAAAAAUUGCAUAAAGCUUACAUCUUAAAUCUAUAUAUUUUCGCAUUGUGAUAUUAUUAUAUAAAUAUAAAAUGUAUCUGGAAUAUAUAAUCUGGAAUUCUGCAGAUAAAAACACCACAA